AUGGCGAAACCAACAAAGUCAGAACUAGUUCUUCAACAUACGAUAGUUAAUGCGGGGAGUCCAACUUCCCCUUCAGCAUCAAAUUCUAUUUCUUCGCUUUAUGUUGGGGAUUUGGAGGAGAACGUUGAUGAAGGUCAAUUGUUUGAUCUCUUCAAUGAGGUGACGCGAGUUCAUUCCGUAAGGAUUUCUCGAAAUGAAGAGAACGGGGUUUCGUUUGGUUAUGGCUAUGUGAAUUUCACUACCUCACAAGAUGAGACAACAACUGAGGAAGACCUUGUACAAGUUUUUGGGAAAUUUGGUUUCAUUACAAGUGUUGUAAUCAUGAGAGACAUGUAUGGGAAGUCUAAAUGUUUUGGAUUUGUGAACUUUCAAGAUCCAAAAGCUGCAACUGAUGCUAUUGAGGGGUUGAAUAACGCUGCAUGGAAUCGGUUGGAUCGAAAAUUUCAAUAUGAACAAAUGAAAGAGGCUAAUUUGUAUAUAAAAAAUCUUGAUGAAACCAUCAGAGAUGAUGAAAAAUUGAAAGCUUUAUUCUCGCCCUUUGGAACUAUAACAUCUUGCAAGAUCAUGUUUGAUUCGCGAGGAGUGAGCAAGGGUUUUGGAUUUGUCGCUUUUUCUACCCGAGAGGAAGCUAAGAAGGCUAUGAUUGAGAUGAACAGGAAGAUGGUAGGAAGAAAAGCAUUAUAUGUUUCCGUAGCGGAACGCAAAAAACAAAGAGCGGCUCGAUUACAGGCGCAAUUUUCUCAGGCCCGAGCAUCUGGUUCAGUGACUGAUUUGAGUACAGAUAAAACUAGGGUCCUCUGGGGUGCACCAGGAUUGCAAAGUCCUGGUUAUGACUUGACAAACGAGCCAAUAAUGGUUGGAUAUGGCCCUUCUAAUUUCAUGGCUCCUGUAAUUAGAACCGGAAGUACUCAUGCUAUGCUUGGGCAGGUGAUGUCUGAUAGUACUCCUAACCAAGACUUGGUAAAUGUGUUCAGUGGGAGAAAUCUCAUGGAUCAAGUUGUCAUGGGCAAUAACAUGGUUCAGUUGCCUUUCGAUGUCACAACAGAAGUAACAUCGUCCUCUGAUGUUCAUCUUUCUGGACCAAUUGAUACUAGAAAACUUGCUUCUGUUUUGGCUUCUGCUAGUCGAGAAAACCAACAUCGGAUCCUUAGGGCAUACUUGUAUCCUUUGGUGGAGCAAAUUGAGCACAAGAAUGCUACAAGUGUAACGGAUAUGUUGCUUGAGAUGGACAAUUAUGAAGUGCUUCAUUUGAUCGAAUCUCCAAAUGAGUUAAAGAAGAAAGUUGGUGAGGCCAUGGCCCUGCUCAUUUCUGCACCUUCAUGUGUUGCAAACGAUGAGGAUCACUUUGGCUCGUUAUCCUUGAAUUGA